AUGGGCGGGUGUAAUGAUGAUGAUGAUGAUGAUGAUGAUGAUGAUGAUGAUAAUGCCCCCCUUGGCCGUGCGCGGGCGGGCAUGACGGACCAUCACACAAAGGCGACUCUCGGGCCGGGGGCGGUUGGCAGAUGGCACCUGGCACCAAUGUGGUCGGCGAGUCGCCAGAGGCACACCCACAUGCACACUCUCGCACACAGGUACACACACCUAAUGGUCGACGGGCGACGCCACGCAGAGGCUGGGCAGGAAGCAGACAGGCGACGAGCCGGGCGUCGACGUUGA